AUGGCUGAUAAUAAUAUUCAAAAAAUCGGCAAAUUUGUUAAAAAAAUAAAACAGGAGCAAAAAGAUUACGGAAUUACAGACAAAGGUAGUGCUGAUGAUUGUUCUCUUCGAGCUUAUUUGGAAAAAAAUUUUACGAGUCUCACUUGGGAAGAUAAAUACGAAUUAGCAUACCAGAUAGUUUGCGCUGUAUCGAAUUUACAUGAAAAAGGAAUCGUGCAUGGUGAUUUGCACUCUGGCAAUGUGCUAAUCCAUCAAAAUACCGUCGAGUUGGCUGACUUUGGAUUAUCAAAUAGAAUGAAAAAGGUAUCUGAACAACAAACGAGAUUUGAUACAGCUCUAUACACUGAUCCCAAAGGGUCUACUACACAACAAUAUUCAUUAAAUGAAAAGAAUGAUGUUUGCGGUAUUGGCAUGAUUCUAUGGGAAAUAUCAAGUGGACAACCACCAUUUAAAUUGGAAUCAUGUGAUGGUAAUUCGAACCUGGAAAUUUUACAAGAUUAUAGAGAAACAAUUGUAUCAGAUACUCCUAUUGAUUAUUCUAAUCUUUUUAUCGAGUGUUGGGAUGGUGAACCAAACAAUAGACCAUCUAUGAACCAAGUAGUUAAUAAAUUUGAUAAAUUUAAAAACUACUUUUUAAUUAAAAGAAUGAUUGAUGAAUUUGUUAGUCUUAUUUUUAAGGAAGUAAAUGAAGGGAAAGAAGAGAAAGUAAGAAAACAACAUGUUCUUAAUUAUAUUGAUGAUCAUGAAAUAAACUCGCAAGAAAUCUGUAAUUGGCUUGCAAAUAAUCAAAUUAAUUCAAAUUUUAUUUAUUUACUUGAGUAUCUUAAUUAUCAUGGAAUAAAAACUUGUAUCAAUAAGCAAAAAGCAUUUAAAUUAUAUCAAAAAGCAGCAAAUUUAGGAAAUAAUAUAGCUCAAUAUAAUCUUGCUUUAAUGUAUAAAGAAGGAAAAUGUGUUAAUAAAAAUGAUGGUAAAGCUUUUGAAUUGUUCAAAAAAUCAGCAGAAGGAGAAAAUUUAAGCGGAAUAAAUAUGUUAGGAUAUUGUUAUGAAAAUGGAAUUGGAACUGAUACUAAUAUGAAAAAAGCAUUUGAAUUAUAUCACAAAGCAGCAAAUUUGGGAAACAAUGUAGCUCAAUAUAAUCUUGCUUUAAUGUAUAAAGAAGGAAAAUAUGUUGAUAAAAAUAAUGGCAAAGCUUUUGAAUUUUUUAAAAAAUCAGCAAAAGAAGAAGAUUUAAAUGGAAUAAAUAUGUUAGGAUAUUGCUAUGAAUAUGGAAUUGGAACCAAUAUUGACCUGCAGAUAGCAUUUGAAUUAUAUCGAAAAGCUGCAAAUUUAGGAAAUAGUAUAGCUCAAUAUAAUCUUGCUUUCAGUUAA